GGGCUUCCCUGUCAAGAUGGCGGCUCCUUUAACUUUACUCCUGCUCGUAGCCGUUACGGUCCGUGCCGCUCUUUUCAGAUCCAGUUUACCGGACUUAAUUGCGGAGAGGGUGGAGGUGGUGUCCCCGUUAACCGCCUGGAAGAGAGUGGUUGAGGGUUUGGCUCUGCUUGAUUUGGGGGUCUCGCCUUACUCUGGAGAUGUUUUCCAUGAGACUCCUCUCAUCAUUUACCUCUUUCACUUUGUGGUGGACUACGCAGAGGUAACAUUUAUGUUAGCGGAUGUGAUCACUGCUGUGGCGCUCUACACGGCAGUGAAGGACUACAACAAACAAGUGUUCAGGAAGCAGAAAUAUGCCUUGGAGGCAGACCGCUACCCGCUCGACUGCCUGGAGCUCAUCAGAAGCCCCAAAGAAAUGUACUACAUCCCUCUGAAAGUAGCCAUGUUCUAUCUGUUGAACCCAUUCACCAUCCUGUCCUGUGUCGCCAAGUCAACCUGCGGUCUGAACAACGCCGUCCUCGCGCUCUUCUUCCUCUCUACGAUAAAGGGAAAUGUCUUGCUCAGUGCCAUAUUUCUGUCCUUGGCCACGUACCAGUCCAUCUACCCUCUCACUCUCUGCGCUCCAGCACUGCUGUAUUUGAUGCAGCGCCAGUACGUCCCUGUGAACUUUCGGCGGGCCGGCUUCUGGUGGUUCAUCGUGCAGUAUGCCUUCAUGUACCUGGGCAGCCUGUUCGUCAUCGUCUGUCUCUCCUUCUUCCUGCUCGGCUCCUGGGACUACCUGCCCUCUGUCUACGGCUUCAUUCUCUCGGUACCGGACCUGACCCCGAACAUCGGCCUCUUCUGGUAUUUCUUCGCCGAGAUGUUCGAGCACUUCCGCCUCUUCUUCCUCUGCGUCUUCCAGAUCAACGUUUUCUUCUACACCAUCCCUCUGUCAAUCAAACUCAAGGAGCAUCCGGUGUUUCUGAUCUUCAUGCAGUUAGCUGUGAUCUCCAUCUUUAAGUCCUACCCUACGGUGGGAGACAUCGCUCUCUACCUGGCCUUCCUUCCUGUCUGGAGUCACCUGCACAGAUUCUUGAGGAACAUCUUCCUGGUGUCCUGCGUCCUGUUGGCCUGUUCGGCUCUGUUCCCGGUUCUCUGGCACCUCUGGAUCUACGCCGGCAGCGCCAACUCCAACUUCUACUACGCCAUAACGCUGCUGUUCAAUGUUGCACAGAUCCUGCUGGUGUCGGAUUAUUUCUACGCCUUCUUGAGGAGAGAGCACCACCUCACCUAUGGACUGUACCUGAAGAGGAAAGAUGGCUCCGAGGCUACGCUAGUUCUUAAAUAAAACACAGGCGCGCACUCGUAAAAACCUCUACCGGGGAAGGGAGAAACUGCUCGGGGCCUCACCUCUCCUCAAAGCGAACAAACACAAACUGAGGAGGAUAAAAGACUUUCAAAGCCAAACUGGUUCUCAGAGGAACAAUAGCACACGUGCAGAACGUGUGUCUGGUACAACUUCAUAUGCAAACAACAGAACUACGUCAUACUACAAGACAGACACAUGCAGACGUUGCCAUGUGAGGCAGCAACUAAAGAUCACUCUCCUCUUUUCACAUUCUCUUCUGGAGCGCUCUUAUUUUGAAACCUCACUCCACCUGGAGCCUACGCCCAUGUGGGUUGCUUUUAUUUUGAAGCCUCCUCUUUCCUUGCAGCCACUCUAGAAGAGUUUUAUUUUGACGCUCCGUUCAUCCUGCAGCUCCGUCCUGGACAGCCUUUACUUUGAAGCACCAGCUCUCAUGCAGUGUCCCUCCGGACGGCUUUUAUUUUAAAGUCAACAAAAAUUCCCAGUGUUGUGAUCAUUCCUGACGACAUCCAGCUCUCCCACACACAUUUCCUUCGUGUGGUUUCAUGCUUACCUGAUCACAUCUGUGUUAACGCCUGCUCUCGCAGUGGCGGGAAGAGGAAGAGGAAGAGGAAGAGGAAAUGGUUUUUGAAGGAUUUUUCUGGAAGCCUACAGUUGUCCAACCAUCUCUUUGUCUUUUCUCACUGUUUGCCUUCCACCUUUUUUUUUUUUUUUUUUUUUCCACAGUUUGCUCAUUAAUUAACAAACUCGGCGUGGCAUCUCAUCUCAUGUGGAAACCAGUCAAACCAGUACUAACCUCAUUAUGGUAUAUAAAACCUAACACUGCCUGGGGCGGUGACGGCUUCAGCUGCCUACCAACGGAGAUGUUUGGCUGAAAAGAAGUUGGGAUCCUGAUCCCUCAAACCCAGACGGUUUCUGUUUCUGUUUACCAGAGAGCACGUCGGACAAAGACAACGGUGAAUGUGUUUUUACAACAACUGAAGUGCUCAAGUUCAGGACCCGUGGAGAGCAGAAACAGAAUUUUCCCUUUUUUUUUUUUUUCAGGACCAAGUUAAACAAACUGGUCCUGCAGUGGCCUUGUGUUUACCACCCGUCAAAAUCCCAGCUUCGUAAUAUUUAAUCCCCGUAGAAGUUUUCAGAAAGACCAAGGUUCCAGCCAGUAAGUGAAGUUUGGGCUCGUAAUGUGAAAACAAACUAAUCAUUAAUGAACAAGGUUUCAUCCCUUUUGUAUUAGGGACAGGCUUGCAUAGGCCUUUAUUUAGCAUUUUUCCCUGUUUCCCAUUUGAUAUAAACUCAAAACUCUCUCCAUGUUCUCCUGUCUUACUAAACGCAGUAUAACGUCCUUUUCCACAAUACUAAUUCCAUCAGGACCACAGGAAUCCCAGCAGAUCACACACACACACACACACAUACACACACAGAUUUAGAUUUAACAUUUUAAACGGAAUCAUUCCCCAUACAUGUGUUUCCUUGUCAGUGAUGUCGGAGUUGAGGCCAAUCAGCAGCCUCGAGGUCCUGAGGCCCUAGUUUGACAUUUGGGGAAAUCCAUUCACAGGAACCUGCUGCUGGCUGUAGCCUCGUAUUUACAUCUAAACAGUAUGUAACGCAUACUAAUCGUCAUAGUGUAUUGUUUUAGCAGUUAUUACACAAAAAAAAUCAACAUAUUUUACUGUUUUAUACCAACAGAAACUAGUACAACACUAUAACGUCUCACUGCCAGUUAAACUUUAAACCUAUUAUCUCUGUUUUUGGUCUCUACCAACCCCUGAGGGAAAAUAUCCGCCGUCGUUUUGUUGCCCGAGGUCUUUCGGGAGCGGCCCCAUCACGAUCUGCUGUUUUGUUUUCGUUUCUUUUCCCCAACUGGCCCCCAGCAGCUCUGCCAUUUCCCUCUGGGAGAAUUGUGUCCGUCGACGCGGCGCCCAAAGAUCGACCGUACCGCACGCUGAGCUGGUUUUGUCACUUCUCCAGUGUCAACACUACAUACUCAAGCCCUGCUUGGAAUUAGUGUCUAGUAUGGACUUGGGACACGACAUCACUCGUGUUUUUUCCCGUCUUUCCGGUUGAUCCAUGAAAAAAAAAAAAAAGAAUUCCAUGCCAAAAAAACUCUGCCU